UAUUCUACACGUAAGACGUAUUACACCGGUUAUACGAGUUAUACGUGUAACAUCGCGUGCGUUUCAGGGUCUCUCCGCAGAGUCUUCCACUCUGACUAAAUUUAAUGUACUUCUGAGUCGAAAAAAGAGAAUACAGCCGUACUUGCAAGGGAAGCAUCGGUAAAACUUUCCAACUUUUCACUCUUUGUUGCAGUCUCAGCUGUUUAGCUCAUGGUCAUGGUGGCUUUUGACCAUUAUCAUAAGUCUAUUCUGGACCAAUGAGAGAGCUCCAUCAUAUAUGCAUGAGUGUCUGCCAGCAGAAGGUCUACGACAGACAUUUCCAUGGGGUCAUUCUGUGUUUGGAUUAUUGCCUGCCAAAAAAAGGCCUUCACUGUUGACGGGCGUACCGGAAGACAGAAGAAGGGUAAAAAGCAAUUACGAUCCCGCGACAAGGUGCUAGUACUAGAACACCGUAGAUCUCUACGGAAGCCUUCACCGAGCACAGGUGGAAAUAAAUAACCAGCUAGAUGCCGCCUGCGCACUACUAGCUAGUAUCGCUGCACACACUCCACAAAAAGCAAAAAAGCAAAAACAAAAAGUCGACCAUGAGCAACCCAAUGGCACCCACUAGCAUUUUGAAACCCGUCGAGACGUUUGUAGACGAACCGAGUGACUUGGAAUUGAGCGGCGGCAGUAUUAGCUUUGCGAACGACAACGAAGAGCUCAAGGACGAAGCCAUUGACAGUACAAAUCCUACGGGAGAGAUUACGCUGGACGCGCAUAGCGACAGCGACGACGACGACUACGACGAUGACGAAGACAAAGGCAGCGCCGGCAAGGGCAGCAGUACAGAAGAUGAGCCGCAAAUUGACGCUAAAGAAGAACGAGCUGUCGUCGCUAGCAAAGUCCUAGUGGCCUUCGUGCUGCUAGUUUCCGCUGGAUUGCUAGCGUUCUUCUCGUAUUACUACACGCGGACCGAAGAAGAGACAGAAUUCCAAAGCAAGUUUCGGGAUUAUGCCUUAGAAAUCAUCCGCUCCAGUUCCAACAAUGCCGGCAACAGUUUCUCAGUGCUCGAGACGUUCUCACGCACCAUCACUUCUCUAGCACUCUUCUCCAAUCAUUCCUUUCCGUUCAUUACACUCCCAGACUUUGAAGUUAGAGCGCACGACUUUCAGUCCGUAUCAGGUGCCGAGGAAGUUGCUUUUGCGCCAUUUGUGCACGAUAAGGACAGAGAAGACUGGGAAGCGUACACUGUAAACAACCAGCAAUGGAUCCAACAAGGACUCGACUACGAGUACAUGGUGUCCAUCAUGGGCAGAAUGGUACACGACGAAGAGGAACACAGAAACAACGGACAAACACCAAGCACCAUUGCUCCCGGAACAAACAUGGAAGGAUUCUCUGUACUCAACAAGGCUAAACCCAUUCAACCCUUCAUUUGGAAACAUGCACCUUUCACACACAAGGCCAUUCCAGAACAAGACAAGGGGCCACUUGUACCUGUCUGGCAGACAUUCCCAGCACCCCGAAACUCAUAUGUCGUCAACCACAAUCUGAGGUCAACCCCCGAAUUCUCUGCCCUCUUUCAGAUGUCCAUCAACAACAGAACCACUGUGCUAUCCGAUAUCGUCGACAACUUUAAGCUAUUCGGCACGGCACAAACCAUCAGCGUGGACCCAAAAAGUGUGGUCCUACAACCCAUCUGUCAAGGAUUGCACGACACCGCAAGCGGCAUUGUCGGAUUCCUCAUUGUCAUCAAAAAGUGGCAAAAUUACUUUGAAAACGUUCUUUACAAUGGAGCCGAACCCGUCAUUGUCGUCCUGCGAAACUCGUGUGGCAAGGCAUUCACAUAUCAGCUUGUUGGACCUCAAGCUGUAUUCCUCGGAGAAGGAGACUUGCACGACAUCAAGUACACACACAUGCGUAUUAGCAGUCCCUUUGCCCAUCGAAAUGUCCAGCCCGAAUGUGACUUCACCAUUGACGUGUACCCCACACAAACAAUGGAAGAAACCUACCUGACCAACAUGCCAGUAUACGUCACCAUGGUGGUCAUUCUCGUGUUUGUCUUCACCACGCUCGUGUUUAUUCUGUACGACUUUUUUGUCUCCAAACGACAACGCAAGACCAUGGCAUCGGCAAACGCUACCAACCGAAUCGUCAGCAAUCUGUUCCCCAAGGCCGUUCGAGAUCGACUCAUCCAGGAAAUGGGAACCACAGAUGCAGACAACAUGAGUGUCGUGAGCGGGAACAGCGGACAGUUUCGAAAUCCAAACGCAUCCAAGAAACGAGCGUCCACUGCCUUUUUGAACAUUUCGCUUCACGGAAGUAGUCACGGGAAAAAAGCACUCAAAGGAGCAAAUUCUUCGGAAGCAUUGAGAGGUGGGGGUGGAACCAGUGAAGAUAUAUUUGGUUCCAAGCCGAUUGCAGAGCUCUUUCCAGAAACUACCAUCAUGUUCGCUGAUAUGGUUGGUUUCACGGCGUGGUCGUCGAUUCGGGAGCCUACACAUGUGUUUCUACUUUUAGAGACCGUUUACCAUGCCUUUGAUACAAUUGCAAAACGCAGAAGAGUCUUCAAGGUUGAAACAAUCGGUGACUGUUAUGUCGCUGUUUGCGGUCUACCCAUGCCACGAAAGGAUCAUGCAGUUGUAAUGUGUCGGUUCGCUUCGGAGUGCUUGUCAAAAAUGGAUAUUCAAGUAAAGAACCUCGAGGCUCAGCUCGGCCCAGACACUGGCGAUCUCUCGAUUCGGGUUGGAUUACACAGCGGACCUGUCACAGCUGGCGUCCUUAGGGGCGAGAAAGGACGUUUCCAGUUGUUCGGAGACACCAUGAAUACGGCCAGUCGAAUGGAGUCCACUGGAAUGAGAGGACGAAUUCAAAUAUCUCGAGAAACCGCAGCUUUGAUUAAGACAGCUGGCAAGGAAAACUGGAUUACAGAAAGAGAAGAAAAGGUUCACGCCAAGGGCAAGGGUGAAUUGCAAACGUUCUGGAUGGUGAUUCGUGGUGGUUCGGACAACGAUGGCGCUUCGGUCGUCGCCAGUGCUGCCGAUCCUUUGGAAGGCGAUUCGAUGCACCAAGUCAACGACGACAUGGAAUGUGCUCCACUGAACGGAGAUGGUUCCAUUAGCGCCCGCAACACCUUUGUCAAUCGUUUCAGCUCCAAGAUAUUGGAAGUGGCCGCUGCAGCGAAGAAGCGACGCUUAGUCGAGUGGAACACGGAGAUUCUGGGUAAGCUGCUGAAGCAGAUUGUUGUCAGGAGGGCAGCGAGAAGGAUCAAAAAGAAGCAGCUUGGACUGUAUGGAACUACAAGCACGAAGGAACCUGCCGUCGACAUCUCCUUCGACCAAGUGCCUCCGAGUGGAGAUGCAAUCGAAGAAGUUAGAGAAGUUAUAUCUCUUCCUCAUUUUGACCCAAAGAACUUUGCGAAGAGUGUCCACCCUGAUUCCAUCGAUAUGCCGGAGGCGGUCCUGAUUCAGCUGAACGCCUUCAUCUCCCGAGUUGCUGACUUAUACCAAGGAAACCCCUUCCACAACUUUGAACAUGCUUCCCAUGUUACAAUGAGCGUGACGAAACUCAUGUCAAGAAUCGUCAAUCCUCUCCAAGUAGAAGCCCCUGCACGCGAAACCGACAAACUCCUCCACGACCAUACUUUUGGCAUUACUUCCGACCCUCUAACUCAGUUCGCGUGCGUGCUCAGUGCUUUGAUUCAUGAUGCUGACCAUCCGGGCGUAUCAAAUUCCGUCUUGGUGAAGGAGAAAGACCCUCUCGCCCUCAAAUACAAAGACAAGAGUGUGGCUGAACAGAACUCGGUUGACUUGGCAUGGAGCAUCCUCAUGAGCCACGAGUACCAAGACCUGCGAGAGACCAUCUACACCAGUGAAGAUGAGUUCCAGCGCUUCCGACAAAUUUUGGUGAAUACUGUUCUGGCCACUGAUAUCAUGGACAAGGAAUUAGGAGCCCAGCGCAAGGCACGUUGGGACAAGGCUUUUAGGGCUGGCAGCGUCAGUGUCAGCAGGAGCGAACACAGCAGUACUGUGCACAGCAGCUGCGCUGAUGAAGUUCAGUGUGAUGUGAACAGGAAGGCAACAAUAGUUCUCGAACAUUUAAUCCAAGCUUCUGAUGUGGCCCACACCAUGCAGCAUUGGCAUGUCUACAAAAAAUGGAACGAACGCCUGUUCUGCGAGGUAUACCAAUCCUAUUUGGAUGGUCGCAUUGAGGCUGAUCCUUCCGUAGGCUGGUACAAGGGUGAAAUUGGAUUCUUUGAUUUUUACAUCAUCCCACUUGCCAAGAAGCUCGAAACCUGUGGUGUCUUUGGUGUUUCGAGUAUGGAGUACCUGGGCUAUGCCGAAGCCAACAGACGGGAAUGGCAAGACAAAGGCGAGUCCAUUGUUCAAGAAUACCUCUCAAAGUUCAAAACGGAUGAGACUACCUAGUUGGCAGGUGUCAGUUAGAAUGGGGGGCCACGGGGUUCAUCAACUGUACAAACAAACGUUAGAAAACUUCAUUAUUUCGUAGGUGCGUGAUCUACAAUU